GGGGAGCGGCUGGGGAGGGGGGGCCUGCACGGACGCCAGGAAACCAGCACCCACAGCAGACCUGCUGUGGGUGGGAGGAGGGAAACCCCUGAAAGCUGCCGGUUCGGGACCGUGUUUCCCUGUCAACCGCCGGAACCUUUUGAGUAGGCACAUUGCAUCCGGAAACAGUGUGGGGGGUGAAACUGAACCGGAAGUCGCUGAGUAUCGGCUUCCCACCGCUUCCGCACGUGGGCCGUGACACCGGGAGCGGCGCGAGGAUGAAGCUGCUGACGCACAACAUGCUGACUUCACACGUGCGGGGCGUGCGGCCCGGGGGGGGUUUCCCCCUCCGUAUCCAGGCCACCGAGGUGAAAGUGAAUAACGUGGAUUUCAACCAGGAGUUCGUGGCGCGGAUGAUCCCCAAGGUGGAGUGGGGGGCCCUGGUGGAGGCUGCGGAGAGCCUGGGCCAUCUGUCGGACCUGCCCCACCAGCUGCCCCCUGAGUAUGAGAACAAUGAGGACUUCCUGAGGAAGGUGCAUCACGUGCUGCUGGAGGUGGAGGUGAUGGAGGGGAUCCUGAAGUGCCCUGAUUCUGGCCGGGAGUUCCCUAUCACCAAAGGCAUCCCCAACAUGCUGCUGAGCGAGGAGGAGACGUGAAGGGCCAGGAUGGCCAAGCUGGGAAGGUUGGGGUGGGGGAGGGAGUCCCUGGGCUGGGAGGGUGUGGCAGGGGGAGGGAGGGUUCUACAGGGAGUAGAAGACAUUCGGUGCUCCUUUGGUUUGUGUAUAAAUAAACCUGUGAGGUGGAGCCUAGCAUGGGGCGUGUCAUCCAUUACCUGUUCCCCCUCACCUGCUUGUGCCCCUGAAUCACAACCUGCAGCACUCUGCUAUCCUAGCCCUUGGCUACCCCCAACCACACUUGUGCUGGUGCCCUUCUGUUCUAAUCCAGUCCCCAUCCCUAGUUAGCCCUUGGUCUAUCCGAACACUGGCCUGCCACACCUUGCACCGUACUCACUUUCCUCAUGUACAGUUAUUUAGAUUGCAGUAAUACUUAGAAAAAAGAAAAGGAGGACUUGUGGCACCUUAGAGACUAACCAAUUUAUUUGAGCAUAAGCUUUUGUGAGCUACAGCUCACUUCUUCGGGUGCAUACUGUGGAAAAUACAGAAGACGUUUUUAUACAUAAAAACCAUGAAAAAAUGGGUGAUUAUCACUACAAAAGGUUUUCUCUCCCCCCACCCCACUCUCCUGCUGGUAACAGCUUAUGUAAAGUGAUCACUCUCCUUACAAUGUGUAUGAUAAUCAAGGUGGGCCAUUUCCAGCACAAAUCCAGGGUUUAACUUUGUGAGGUGAAGUGAGCUGUAGCUCAGGAAAGCUUAUGCUCAAAUAAAUUGGUUAGUCUCUAAGGUGCCACAAGUACUCCUUUUCUUUUUGCAAAUACAGACUAACACGGCUGUUACUCUGAAAGUAGUACUUAGGAGAUCUAGUCCUGAAGCAGGUCCCCCAUUGGGCCAGGCACUGCUCAGACUCCCAGGCAAGAUCAAGGCCCCCAUUGGGACAGGUGCUGCACAAACACAGAACAAGUAGACAAUGCUCUUUCUCCUUCGUAACUGCUAGGAAGGAAGACUAUGGACACAGGCUGAGAUCUCCAUGGUUUAUUCUGGCUCUGGAAUAUAGCUCUAUGUAUGUGUGUGUAUAGCACCUAUACACAAAAUAGAGGUAUUUAUAAUAUAUACACAUACAUAAUUUAAUACAAACCUCCUCCACGUCACCCCACUCAUUAUAGAAAUGGGGGGACUGAGGGUGCACCCCUCCAAGGGGAGCAGAGAUGAAGGGGUCACGUAUUCUCCUGCAAGAAAUAUACAGUCUGAUAUAUUGCUAUGUACAUGUUUCUCAGCAUCUUCACCCCCACCCCAAGGGAAAGGGGGGGCUUAUUGCUAUGGGCAGCAGAAGGGCAAGGGAAAUUUGAGGGUGGGUGGAGGGGAUACUGGCCUCUGUUCCUAUCCCUAGGACCCCCCAAUAUGGCCAUGCCUUUGAAACCCCUCUUCCUAUCUGUACAGCUACCCUAUCACAGUGCUGUGCUCCCCCUCCCACAAUUCCAGGCUUCUGUCUCAGUGCCCCCCCCGAGCAGGGGCUCCCCCAGUCAGA